UGGAAGUCAAUCGUGAGUACGUAUUUCAUUAGAAAAAUUGGCACCCGCCUGAGAUUCGAACAUCGGUGCAUCGCUCAACACGAAUGCACCGGACGUCUUAUCCUUUGGAUCACGACGACUUCAAAAUUUUACCACGACAUUAUUUAGGAUGCUAUAUUCCAGCGAAACCAUACCUUACAGCCAAAAGUCUCAUUGUGUUGUAUCAAUUAAAAAUCGAUUUAUCGUAUUCCGCUGUAUCAAAGCACUAAAAUAUUGAAAUAUUUCGGAAAUCGCUACGACACUAGCAAAUACUAGCAAUUUGUAAAAAAAUAUAUAAACAUUAAAAUAACCUCAAUGAAAAGAUGUGAAUACGAUAAACUGUUGAUGACCGAUGAACAAGAUAUUGAUUUCUCUUUAAAAUAUUGUGUACAAUGUUGUGUACAAAAUUAGAAUUUAAUAGGUUAAGGAGCUGUAGGCGCUAUAUUCAAAUCAAAGGAAUUACUAGAAAAUAUUGUGCUAUUGCAGCUAUCGUUGAAAAGUCGGAUGUAGGAAGUAUUACUGAAGUGAAGGGCUGGGUGAGAAAUUUACGUGUCCAAAAAGAGUUUAGUUUUGCUGAUAUCAGUGAUGGUUCGAGCGCGCAGAAAUUGCAAAUUAUAAUUCCGAAACAUCUGAAAACAGAACAACUAACGUACGGUUCUUCAGUUAAAAUUAAAGGAAAACUGUCUCUUAGUCCGCGAGGGCAACUGGAGAUUUUAGCUAACGAAGUAAAUGUUGUGGGACCUUGCGUCGUCUUAGACGGAUAUCCAUUUAAUCCUAGAACUGCACACCCGCCCGAAUACACACGCCAAUAUCUACACUUACGUUCGAGAACGAAUUACAUAUCGGCACUACUCAGAAUACGAAGUGCUGUCGUCAAACACAUACACGAUUUUUUUAAUUCAAGAAACUAUAUCAACAUCCACACUCCGAUCUUGACUUCAAAUGAUUGUGAAGGGGCAGGUGAAGUAUUUAAAGUUCAACCAGACAACGAGGAUACCAUAAAAGCAAUGAUGCAAGAAGGAAAGGAUAAAGAUUCAUUAUAUUUUGGAUUGAAAACAUUUCUAACAGUAUCUGGUCAGUUGCAUUUAGAAGCCAUUUGCAGGGGAAUGGGUAAUGUGUACACACUCGGGCCAACAUUUCGAGCAGAAAACUCAAGGUCUAGAUUGCAUCUCUCUGAGUUUUACAUGUUAGAAGCAGAAUUAGCAUUCUGUGAGAACAUUGUCCAGUUGCAAACAGUAAUUGAGGAACUUUUAAAAUAUAUAUUCACGGAAACAAGAAAUACAAAUGAGAAAGAUAUAUAUUUGAUUGAUAAGGAAAAUAAAAAACCAAUUUGGUUGGACAAGCCAUUUGUAACUUUGACUUAUGAUGAAGCUCAGCUUAUUUUGAAUACAAAGGGGUCUGGAACCGGAGGGGAUUUUAAUAAAGAACAAGAAUUAAUUUUGGUAGAUCACUGUGGAGGUCCUGUAUUUGUAACAAAAUGGCCCAAAGACAUGAAGUCGUUUUAUAUGAAAGAAAGCAACAAUGACAGUAGUAAGGUUGAUGCUUUAGAUUUGUUAACACCAGUCACUGGUGAAGUAGUUGGAGGCAGUUUGCGUGAAGACAACUAUGAAAAAUUAAAACUAAAGCUACCUUCAGAACGACUGCAUUGGUACUUAGAAUUGCGGAAAUUUGGUAACAUACCCACAGGAGGAUUUGGUUUGGGCUUAGAAAGAUUACUACAAGUGCUUUGUGGUGUUAAUAAUAUAAAAGACACACUUCCUUUCCCAAGAUGGCCUCAUAACUGUGACAUGUGAAGAAGUUAAGGCUUAAACCAAACAAAUGACUAGGUAUGAAGCAGUAAUGCGUUUCGGUUUGAAGGGUGGGGCAGCCGUUGUAACUAUACAGAGACCUUACAACUUAUAUCUCAAGGUGGGUGGCGCAUUUACGUUGUAGAUGUCUAUGGGCUCCAGUAACCACUUAACAUCAGGUGGGCUGUGAGCUCGUCCACCCAUCUAAGCAAUAAAAAAAAAAAGGUAUAUAAAAUAAAUAAAUAUCAUUGCCAAUGCCAGAUAUUACCUGUAACAUAUAUUUCAAUUUGAUAAAGGUGAACACAAACUGAGAAAAUAGUAAUAGACAAGGUUUCUUAUUUAAGGUAAUAAAUGAAAACGAAAAUUAAUCACUACAACCUUUAUUUAAUAAGAAUAAACCAAAACAAACCAAAAGUGACAAAUAAAUCAUGCUUACUUAUAAAAGGAAAAAAGAAAAUUCAUAUUUUUACUGAUUAGUUCCAAAAAUUUUAUUAAUAAUGGAAUUUUACAAUAAACUAGAGAUUCGGAAGAUCGCACAGAAAAGUGCUUUAUGUAACUUUACCCAAACAAAUUGAUUAAAAUUUUACAAAGUACUAAUUAUUUACAAAUUGUAUAUGUACAAUAUUUAUCUAAAUAUACAAAAACUACACGAACCGUGAACAAAUUAAACAUUAAAAUGCUAAAUAAACUUAAUUAUAAUAUCA